UAUUGUGUAACCAUGAGUUCAGCAAAGCCGUACAUUGGAUGUAAAAUAGGGUUAAUUUCAAAAGCCCAAAAUCGUUAUGAGGGGAUUUUGUACACAAUUGAUAAAGUAAACUCUACAGUAGUGCUGGCAAAAGUGAAGUGUUUUGGAACGGAGGGGCGACCCACUGACAGACCAACACCACCCAAAGAUGAUAUCUAUGAGUACAUCACUUUCCGGGGAAGUGAUAUUAAAGAUAUCACACUGUGUGAACCUCCAAGAUCUCACCAUGGCCUGCCCCCGGAUCCUGCAAUAGUACAGUCCUCCAGUGCAGGUGCUUCAGGUGUCUACUCGGCUCUUGGCCCAUUCAGCCCCCUAAGGAUGCCUGCCUAUAACCAGCUUUCUGCCAGCUCUCUACUUAAUCAACAGUAUGCUGCAGCUCUUGGCCUUGGGUUACAUGUUAGAAGGGGUCCCAUGGUGGAAAAGGCUGUUCAAACCCUCCAAAUGGAAAGGUCUAGGCAGUGGAGAGGCUUGACUCCAUCCCAAGAGCAGGAGCAGAGGUGGGACAGGAGGCGGCUCCAGAGGACAAGAGGAGACAGUUCCCAGACCAGAAGGGGCUCUGGAACCAUCAUGAAGUCAGGCCCAGUUGUGCCCAAAGCUCAGCAGGAAGCUCGACAGCAGACUGAUGAAAACAGGCCGCCACCACCACCCCGAAGAAGACAAGGAGCUCGGAGGCGCAGGAACCGUAGUAGAGGCCAGUUGAUGGUGGCUAAUGCUCCGUCUGCCACCCUUAAGUUUGACACAGACUUUGAUUUUGAUUCCUCAAAUGCACAGUUUAUUAAGGAGGAACUGGAGAGGGAAGGGCAGGACAGGAUGAAUAUGAAAGAUGGAAAUCAUGAGGUAGAAAAGAAAGAAAAAGGGGAAUUGCACUCGGCUGCUCAGGAUGUUCAUUUUGGACCAAAAUACUACUAUGACAAAGCAAAGUCCUUCUUUGACAACAUCUCGUCUGAUAAUAAAUUCAGACUAACAUGGGCAGAGGAGCGGAAGCGCAAUCUGGAGACUUUUGGGGUCCCUGGACGGUUUCUGCGGGGCCAGGGCUUCAGAGGUGGAUAUACUGGACGAAGAGGACGGGGCACUGCUCAGAGUCUACCUUCUUUCAGAACCAGGAGUGGACAGCUGUAAAGGUCAGCAUUUGAUACAGGGCACUAAAGCAACCCCUGUCCCCCCUAACUCCACUGAUUAUUUCCCUUAUGUAUAUAACAAAUGGGGUUGUGUUACCCAUUUACCUGUCUCUGUGUCUUUUGUCAUGGUGAUGAGCAAAAGCAGCUCUGUUGGUGCUGUAGGAAGGAUCUUUUUUGUUUUUCUCCCCUAGGCAGUAGCCCUGCACCCAUAUAGCCAGGAUUUUCUUUUUUUCUUUUUUUUUUUUUUCUCAUUUAGCUUCAUUUUUUUGAUUAUGGAUGCAUGGCACACUAAAUGGUCCAUUUGUGUGAUAAUUUUCUUUUUCCUUGGGAUAUUUGCCUGAAGAGUAUUAUUAUUAUUAUUUUUUCUAUUAGAUGGCAGUGAAUAUUGAAGUUUGGUGUCUUCUACUUGAGGAAUUUCACUCCUAAUGUUUGUUUCAUGUUCAGUACUUGGCUCUGCAGCUUGGGAGUACUCAUAAUUUGUAUUUAUAUUUAAUCAACAAAUGUUGUGAACUAAUGAAAUAAAAUGUAUUUAAAUGUUAAAUCUUGUGCAUUGCUUUAUUCUAUCAUAUUGAAGCAACAAGUGAGAAUAAUGGAAAUAAACUGGAAAUUGCUCAUG